GUAGUAUACACCUAAGAGCUGAAAACAAACAUGUCCCACAGGGCGAUGCUACUCUGCCCACGCUCAUGCUAUCCUGGAUAGGUACGAUGAUGCGGCUGAGACUUGGCGACUUCGUUUGCCAUAGUAGUCGUUCCAAGUUUAAAUAUGGAAGGAUUCAUUAGUUCCCUAACUCGAUAACCACUUCGGUAAUCUUCUAACUAAGACUGCACUUCGAUGUUAAGUAUAACUUUCUAGACUCGGUCGAACCAUGACACCGGGUUUCUAAUCCAUGAUACAACGAUAUCAAACUAGACUACAUUUUCAAUAACGUUAUUUAAGCCUCAAAAAAUGCCGAGCCUAUUCAGCUCCGCUAAGGAUAUCGCUAAGGGGGUGCGCUUAGCAGCUGACACUGCGGUCUGGGCUGGAAACGCCGUUUCGCGCCAUAUGAAAGGGAGCAAAAGCGGCGUCUGUCUCGUUUGCAACAAUCUGCAGCCCUAUGGUCACGAAGACACAUUCGGGCGACCCAGCGCGGCAUGGAACCAGCUUAGUGACCCUCAACAAGCUGCCCGAAAGAAAGAGCUUGCCUCCGUCCCCACCCUUGUCCUGGAAGAGAUACCAACGAAGAAGAUCUUGGAGAGCCGCGAAGUCGACCCUAAGACCGGUCUUCCUAAGAACAACUGCAAGUACUGCCGCCUCCUUUGCGAGAUAUUCGACGCGUACUUCAUCGACGAGUGGAUGAGCUGGAUUACGGAGAUUAAAAAUGGCAUGCCGAUACAAGUUGGCCUCAUGAUUAGAGAAGGGGCGCCUCUGAUAGUAAACUGUUGGAACUUUACGUAUGACAAGUGGUUCCAAAACCCUAGGGUAGAUCUCGAGCUGUAUAUGGACCCCAUGCCCCCGUCCCCUAUACCUGGUGCUCCUACGAUGGGCCCAACGGGAUCUCGUGCGGCAGAUGUACGGUCUGAGGAGUGCAUGAGGUUUAUGAAGGAAAGCAUCAAUGAAUGCUGUAAAACACAUCCCAGAUGUGCCACACAAACUAACGGCUUCGUUCCUUCCAGGUUGAUAUUCGUUGGCGGAGGUAACGACGCGCUCAGACUAUGCGAUGCCCUGCCCUCGGAAGGCAACAUCGCGUGGGCAGCAUUGAGCCACUGUUGGGGAGGUGGAAAGCCACUGUCAUUGACGAAGUCAACUCUGCACGAUCUGAAAGAACGUAUCGACUUCUCAAAAUUACCAGCUACUUUCCAAGACGCGAUCACUGUCACCCAAGAGCUUGGAUUGGUAUAUGUUUGGAUCGACUCUCUGUGCAUUGUGCAGGACGACAAAACAGAUUGGGAGAAAGAAGCAGCUCUCAUGGGUUCGGUAUACAGCCGGGCAUUCAUUGUUAUCAGCGGCGCCUCCUCGCCCAAUCCCAGCACCCCGUACUUACGGCCCCGCGAAGAGGACUGGCUUCCGAAGCGGUUUGAUUUCCCAAUUGUCCCCGGCGUCAAUAUACCGAUUACGGUCCGCCAGCGACAUCUCCUAGCUGCGCCGCUCGACCAAGGGUUACUCGAGCCGCCUUUCACCAGCUCAUGGGCCACAUUGAAGAAAGUCGGGCCUCUUUACGCGCGCGGAUGGUGCUUCCAAGAGUCCUUCCUCGCAUCGCGGAUCCUAAACUUCGCCCCGGGCGCCAUCAUAUACGAGUGUCGGACGCAUCGAAAAAGCGAGGACCAACUACCCCCUUAUCCGUUCACGACCCCCGGAACUUUGGGUGAAGUGACCCCCUUGGAGCAGUGGCACAUGAUUGUAAAAUCGUACACGUCGCGUCAGUUGAUGUUUACCAGCGAAAAACUCCCGGCGAUAGCUGGUGCUGCCACGAUCAUGCCGCAGGCUGGGAGGAGCAGGUAUCUUGCUGGCCUAUGGAGUGAAUCUCUCCUUCUAGACCUCCUAUGGCAAGUGAUGCAGGGCCGGGCCCACCUCCCGCUAAUGACAAAAGAACACGAGGAGAACGCGCCAACGUGGUCAUGGGCGUCGAUGAACUGGGGCGUGACAUGGAACACGAUACAGGACCCGCAGCUCCUCACCACCGUCGUAGACGCGCAGACGAACGUGGUAGGGGCAAACCCUCACGGACAAGUAUCAAGGGGCACCCUUACUCUACGGGGCCGGAUCAAGUACUGUCGGCUCUCGGCCGAUUACCAUAAGAACGAACACUGGGUCUACUACCGAAAAGGCGACGGCGGCUCGUAUAGCCGAAAGCAGCACUUCCGAACCGAUGGCGCCCUGGAGUCGUGGGCUGCGCCUGGUCAGAACGAUGCGUUCGCUCGUCGGUCGCGAGCUACAACGUCCGGGAAUGCGUUCGAGGCAGCGGCUGCCUUUUUCUGUCUUGCAAAGUGCCAUUGGAUGAAGAGUGAUCAUAUGGGAUUGAUCUUGGGCAUAUCACCUAAGUUUCCCGGGUGUAUGGAACGGGUAGGUAGCAUCUCGAAUGUGCCCAAAGAUUGGUACGACACAGGCAUAGACGCCACCGUGACGAUAGUAUAGGGCAGCGGUAGUUUAUAGUAACCUAACCUAGUGCCUAAAGCCUUAAGUGUAAUUUUUUCAAGGUAAAAAUGUGCUUCAUGCCCAUAGUCUUCACCAGCCGUGACAAGCUGUCGAUUCUAUAUACUCGCACACAUGGAUCGAAG